GCCACUUGCCCGUCCUUCGAUCUACAACGAACCCUUGCUAUACAAGCAGCUCGGAUCUGAUUACUCCUGGGCGGGUACGACUAGAUCUAUCUUGUGGGUCAAAGAAGCGCGUGUUGUGAGUAAUUAUGUGUACUCGAAUCAGGCGAAAUGCACGGGGGACGUUCUUCUCUGUCUAUUGGAAGACAGUGAGGUCGACACUCGAGGUAAAGAAGCCGCGAAGCUCCACUCUAUGCCAGUCCCUUGCAACGGCGACCCGCUUGAAAACCAAGAAUCCGACGAAGAAUCCGAUUUGGAAUGGGAUGAUGGCCCCGUCCCUGACGUUCAGCGGCUUCCGAACCCACAGCGUGCAAUGCCUGCUAUUGACGUCAAAGUCGUUGCCUUCGAUUUAUUGGGCUCGCGAGGCGGGCAUCCGCGACGCUCUGGUUUCUCUCUCUCCGCUUGAUUGGGAGAGACGCACGUCGCGACAGUUGAUAGAGAUAUAUAUCGAGUGCGAGACACUUCGAUUGAGGGAAUCGCGCGACGGAUGCUACUCCGUGAUCGCCCACAAAGCAUUGGUUGAAACCUGUUUACAUCUCGGAGUCUCGCCAGAGAAAGAAUCUUUGGAUAAAGCAGCGUGGAUAUACCCUUCUGGGUAUCCCAUCACUCCACCCGUCCACAUUUUUCCAAUGCUUCCAACCCCAUAUCCCUCCAGAACUCACCAUCGACAUUCUGCCCUCAGCAUGGGCAUCUCCCC